UCCCUUCUUCAGCGCACAAAAAAAGUUAUGCAACCGAAGAAGCGUACACGAACUAGUCACGCGAAGGUUAGGACCGGAUGCCACACUUGCAAGGCACGACGGGUGAAAUGUGACGAACAACAACCUGCAUGUCAAAAAUGCAUCACCACUGGCCGCACAUGCGAAGGCUACAAAGUAAACCACGAGUGGGUCGUUGUCGUCGCACCUCCACGACCUCCACCCACGGACGGAUUCGAAGAUGACCGGAGCAGACUACAUUUCGACUACUUCCGGAAUCAAGCCGUCAACCGACUAUCGCGAUUUUUCGACGCGAAACAAUGGGGCAAGUUGGUUCUCCAAGAAGCGCACAGUUCCCCGGCAGUUCGACAUGCGGUCAUUGCAUUAAGUUGCUCGCAUCGACACCACGUAGACGCGGGGAGUUAUGGACAAUACCAAGCGUACACGGCCCAGCAGUACUCAAAAUCCAUCAAGCUCCUGAUCAAAGAAACAAACGACAACACGCAAGAGUCGCGGAUACGAACCCUCAUGUGCGGUCUUCUUUUCAUAUCAAUCGAGACCGUCAGAGCUAAUUUCUCCGCUGCUCUACACCAUCUGGAUGGAUGCUUGAAGAUCAUCAAGGAAGUGAGGAGUCAAGUGGUGUUCAUUCCGAUGUUCACCCUGCUGGACAGGGAGGCGUGCCUACUUGCCGGAACAGUGCCACAGCCUCCUCGAGGUCGGAAGCCCUUAUUGCUGGAUCCGGAUCAAGGUCUGGGUACAGAUGAUAUCAUAGGCCUGGGGUUUACAUCAGUGCUUGAGUCACUGGAAUAUCUCUUUUGGCUAGGAAAUCGUGUCCAUGGCCUCAUGGGAUGGAACACAGUCCACCUAUCUACAGCCGAUUCCUUCGAGUCGUACACAGAGAGACUCGCUCUAUACGAAGAACUACUCCAAUGGGACCGAUGUACCCAAAGUCUAGUCGCCGUACUCCCAGAUGUCAGCGACCACGACAGACUCCUUCUCCUACGCAUACACCACCGCACCUUACUCACACUCCUCGGCUCGAGUUUCCACGGCACCGAAACCUUCCUGGACACAUACCACUGGGCCUUCCAAGACAUUGUAAACUACAUCACACUGCUGUUCAAACGCUGCCACGACAUCCCCGACGACAUCCCAGGCGACGACUGCGACUCCACCACCACCACCACCACCACCAGCUCCCGCAACGGCACUCUCUCCGCAUCCCCGACCCCGUCACGCUCACCUCACUCGCCAGCCCCGCGACUCCCGACGAAACCGCACAGAAAAGGAAUGACGUCCUACGUGCUCGACUGCGGCACGCUAUUCUCGCUCUACUGGACCGCGCUGAAAUGCCGCGACGGCCGCUUGCGACGGCAUGCGAUUGCGCUGCUCGAAGCUACGACGCUAGACGGUAUGGCGUUGCAGGCAGCGGUCGCGAAGCGGAUAGUGGAAAUCGAGGAGGGCCAAGAGUACGAGCAGGAGCCUGUGUUUGGGGUGCUGAAUAAGGCAGAGGAUAUCCCCGAGGGAAUGAGGGUGCAUAACGUGGAUAUAGACGUCAACGGAGAUGGGGCGCAGGCGAAGGUGGUGAUUUGGAGAAGGAAAGAUGGGCGCGAAGAUGGCGAGUGGUGUGAGAGUGUUGAGUGGGUGCCUUGGUGA